AUGAAUAAGUCAAUGGAUAAUCCUCCACAGUGGCCUUUGUAUGUCUACUAUGUUAUGUCUGUUCCUAGUCUUCCAUUGUAUAUUUUUGUGUUGAUAUGCUUAUUGAGAUUGAGAUAUUACUCGAAGACCUAUAAUACCACGUUUUAUACGAUUCUCUUGCAACAUUGCAUCGCUGACAUCAUUUCAAUGAUUGUGUUCACAGUGAUUUGGGGUAUUCGAAUGCUCCCAGGACUGAAAGACUUCUAUUUCGAAUAUCAAAAAUAUUACAUCGCUGCCUUUACUUACAAUUCCAUUUACUUCUUCCUCUACAUCCGUUGUGCUGGUAUCGUUUUCCUUUCCAUCCACAGAUAUCUUGUCAUUUCUGCACCUCAUAGUUUUCUGACUAUGAAAAUUCAAGAAGCGCCUUCUUACCAAAUUAUGUUGGUCUACUGGGUAGUUCCCUUUCUUAUAAGUAUCGUGGUUCUUAAAGACAUCGACUUCGAGUACGAUGAUAUAACAACAAUGGAGAUUGUCGCACCGAGACCUGUGAUUGUGCGUAACACAUUGAUGGCUCUUAUCGUAGUCGCACUGACCUGUUUUAUAUGCGCUGCAUCCUAUUCAGCAUUAUGGUUGUUUUUGAAGAAACAUUCUUCUGGAAUAUCCAAAUCACUCCAAAGAGAAAUGCAUUUGGCUUUUCAAGUCCUUGCUCUACUUUGCGCCUUUUUUGUGAUGUUUGCUUAUUACAUUUUUCAGAAUUAUUUUUCGCAGACCCGAAAUACCGGUCCAAUCUAUACCAUGCGAGCCCUCUAUCCAAUAUCCAACGGAAUCCUGUCAUACAUCAAUCCCUACUGCGUCCUUCUUCUCAAUCGAGACUUUUCCAAACAGUUCGUGCGGACUUUGAAAUGUGAGAAAGUCAGAAUAAGCACUGUUCAAGUCUCCACACUCAAUUCACAAUCGGUUCAGCGGUCACAUUUCUGA